UUAAAGAAUUAAUUUGUGAUUUGUUUAAAUUAAAUGUUGAUAAUAUUUGUUGGAUACAAAUAUAAGCGUUUGGGUGUUAUGAUUUUGCAUAUUUUUAAAUAUGUUGCUAAAUCCACCUGAAUCGACAUAAAUCAUUGUACUAUUGUCCGAACCAUACUACUUGUUAAACCGGGUCUAAUAUAAUAAAAACCGGUUUGACUCACUUGGUCCGGUUUGAAAGUUCAAUCAAUUAGAGUCAUCAUUUCGCCGACCUCUGGCCACGUCGGCGGGGUCCCAUUAGUUUGAGAACCGUAGGACUGUUGCGUCCGGCAUUUGGAUCUCGGGCCGAUUUGAGCUAGCCGGGUUGGCCCAUUACCGACGAGCGCCUAGCUUUCGGUGCGGUGCGUGUAAUGAAAUUGUGAUCGGAGAAGGAAGAUCAGGCGGAGACCAAAGCGUGGGGGGAAAAUAUGGUGCACAGUGCCUAUGAUUCCUUCGAGCUCCUCAGAGGCUGUCCGACGAAAAUCGAUGCCGUCGCGUCCUACGCUUCGAAGCUCUUCGUCGGCUGCUCCGAUGGCGCUCUUCGAGUCUACGCUGCCGAAUCCGAUCGAUCUUCGUCGUCUUCGGAUUACCUCGGCCAAGCUCAAGAACUACGAAAGGAAGGAUACGCCCUGGAGAGGACAGUGAACGGGUAUUCCAAGAAGAGUCUGUUGGCAAUGGAGGUAUUGGCCUCGCGAGAGCUGCUCCUCUCGCUCUCUGAAUCGAUCGCUUUUCACCGACUCCCUAAUUUGGAGACUUUCGCUGUGAUCACCAAAGCCAAAGGCGCCAAUGUCUACUCCUGGGAUGAUCGAAGAGGUUAUCUGUGCUUCGCGAGGCAAAAGCGAGUCUGCAUCAUCCGCCACGAUGCAGGACGAGGAUUCGUAGAGGUGAAAGAAUUUGGCGUCCCUGACGUGGUGAAGUCAAUGUCCUGGUGUGGCGAAAACAUAUGUCUUGGGAUUAAGAAGGAAUACGUGAUACUGAACGCCACUAGUGGUGCCUUGAGCGAGGUGUUUCCUUCUGGUAGACUGGCUGCACCUCUGGUCGUCCCUCUUCCUUCAGGAGAACUUCUUCUUGGCAAGGAGAAUAUUGGAGUCUUCGUGGACCAAAACGGCAAGCUUCAUCAAGCUGAAAGGAUUUGUUGGUCGGAAGCUCCCUCUGUUGUUGUGGUUCAGAAGCCGUAUGCGAUUGCCCUGCUUCCAAGGCGUGUUGAGAUACGGUCUCUUCGAGUUCCAUACCCGAUGAUUCAGACCAUUGUUCUUCAGAAUGUCCGUCGUCUUGUUCAGAGCAAUAAUGCAGUAAUUGUUGCACUAGAUAAUUCUGUUCACGGACUCUUUCCUGUUCCUGUUGGUGCACAGAUCGUGCAAUUAACUGCAUCUGGAAAUUUUGAAGAAGCUCUGGCAUUGUGCAAGUUACUUCCUCCUGAAGAUGCAAGCCUUCGAGCUGCAAAGGAGGGGUCCAUUCACAUAAGAUAUGCUCACCAUCUUUUUGAUAAUGGGAGUUAUGAGGAGGCUAUGGAACACUUUUUAGCUGCCCAAGUAGAUAUCACCUAUGUACUUUCUAUGUAUCCGUCAAUAGUUCUUCCCAAAACAACUUUGCUUCCUGAAACAGACAAGCUAGUGGACAGUGACCCAGAUGCUGUACAUCUAUCAAGAGGUUCUUCUGGUGCAUCAGAUGAUAUGGAUCCCUCAUCUGCAUCACAUUUUGGGGAUUUUGAUGAGCAUUCCGCACUUGAGUCCAAGAAAAUGAGCCAUAAUACUCUCAUGGCUCUCAUCAAAUACUUACAGAAACGGAGAUACAACAUAAUUGAAAAGGCCACUGCCGAGGGGACAGAGGAGGUUGUUUUAGGCGCUGUUGGUGAUAAUUAUGGACAUUACGACUCUAGUAGGGUCAAAAAGUCUGGCAAGGGGCGUGGCAAUGUUGCGAUUAACUCAGGGGCUAGAGAAAUGGCAGCUAUCCUAGACACUGCACUACUCCAAGCACUUCUGCUUACUGGACAGUCUUCAGCUUCUGUAGAAUUACUCAGAGGCCAUAAUUAUUGUGAUUUAAAAAUAUGUGAGGAGAGUCUUCAAAAGAGACACCACUAUUCUGCUUUGCUGGAGCUUUAUAGAAGCAAUGCCAUGCACCGGGAAGCUCUAAAGCUUCUGCAUCAAUUAGUUGAAGAGUCAAGCUCAGGCAAAUCUGAGGUUACACAUAAGUUCAAGCCUGAGGACAUUCUAGAGUAUCUCAAGCCUCUCUGUGGAACAGAUCCUAUGCUUGUUCUAGAGUUCUCAAUGAUCAUUCUCGAAAGGUGUCCAACACAAACAAUUGAGCUGUUUUUAUCUGGGAACAUACCUGCAGAUAUGGUCAACUCUUAUCUGAAACAGCAUGCUCCAAACAUGCAAGGAAGGUAUCUAGAACUGAUGCUCGCAAUGAAUGAAAGUGCUAUAUCAGGAAACCUGCAAAAUGAAAUGGUGCAAAUCUAUCUCUCGGAAGUUCUCGACUUGCAUGCGGAAUUAAGUGGCCAAAAUAAAUGGGACGAGAAGGCUCAUUCCCCGACAAGGAAGAAGUUAUUAUCUGCUCUAGAAGGCAUCUCAGGUUAUAACCCUGAGGCUUUAUUGAAGCGUCUUCCUCCUGAUGCACUGUAUGAAGAACGUGCAGUUUUAUUAGGAAAGAUGAACCAACACGAGCUUGCCUUAUCCCUAUAUGUUCAUAAGCUUCAUCUACCUGAUCUGGCAUUGUGCUACUGUGAUCGCGUUUAUGAGUCCGCAACUCAUCAACCUUCAACUACAAAAUCUGGCAGUAUAUACCUCACACUUCUACAAAUCUAUCUUAAUCCCAGUAAGACAACCAAGAACUUUGAGAAGCGAAUCACCAAUAUAGUGGCUUCUCGGAGCACCAGCAUUCCUAAGGUCAGUUCUGCAAGUGGAACCAAGACUAAAGGUGGUCGUGGAGCUAAGAAAAUUGCUGCAAUAGAAGUUGCAGAUGACUUGCGUGUGAGUCCAAGUGGCACUGACAGCAGCAGGAGUGAUGGCGAUACAGACGAAAUUAGUCUGGAAGGAAGUUCUACUAUAAUGCUUGAUGAGGUGCUUGAUCUCUUGAGCAAAAGGUGGGACCGAAUAAAUGGUGCCCAAGCCCUCAGACUUUUACCGAGGCAAACUAACUUACAGAACCUGAUGCCGUUUCUUGGACCUCUACUGAGGAAAUCCAGUGAAGCGAACCGGAACCUUUCAGUAAUCAAGAGUUUGAGACAGAGUGAGAACCUGCAGGUGAAAGACGAGCUGUACAAGUAUAGAAAAACAGUCGUGAAGAUCAGCGGCGACAGCAUGUGCUCCCUCUGCCACAAGAAGAUCGGAACAAGUGUGUUUGCAGUCUAUCCCAACGGGAAAACACUCGUCCAUUUCGUUUGUUUUAGAGACUCACAAAGUAUGAAGGCCGUCACGAAAGGCACAACGACAACUCUUCGAAAGUGGUGACAUUUUUUUCAGACCGGAUAUUUCACUACAUCACCAGAAAACCGCUGAUACAUCAUCAGCUAGGAGAUUCUCAGCACCGGCGAGUGCAUUGCCAUUUUCAUGAAACUGGUGUCGGGGAGCCAGAGUCACAUCCUGCAGCUGGCCAUAGCUCGGGAUUCAUGAGCUUGUUGGUUUUCCAUUUCGAAGUUCGGUGGCUUGCUCGAUGGCGCUCCCCUGUGUUGUAUGUUUUGCAGAGUUUGUUCCCUCAUCGAGAUUUUCGUUCUUUCGAGUGCAGUUCCCAUUGACAAAACGAAAACAAAUGGCCUAGUGUAAA